GAGUACUGCCACAGUGAAGCAAAAUAUGGCAAGCAAAGUGGUGGCCUUUUAUGGCCUGAUGGCCGCCAUUGUCUGCACGACGACAAUCCUUACCCAUUGCAGACUGGCGGCACAGCUGUCCGAGAUGCGCUGGGCGCUUUCGGUACAUUCGCUCACGGUGCUGGACACGUACCACCAGUGGGUGGAUCUUCAGGACUUUGCCGGUCAUGUGCUGAUUAUCGUAAACAUCGCCUCCCAGUGUGGAUUGACGAAGCAUCAGUAUGCGGGCCUGGGUCAGCUGCUGGAGCGCUACUGGGAGCGGGGCCUGCGUGUCCUCAACUUUCCCUGCAACCAGUUUGGUCAGCAGAUGCCGGAGGCGGAUGGGCAGGAGAUGGUGGACCACCUACGGCAGGUGGAGGCCAAGAUUGGUCAUGUCUUUGCCAAGAUCAAGGUGAAUGGGCCCGGGGCCGCUCCGAUAUACAAACUGCUCACCCGAAGCCGCAGCGAGCUGCGGAGCGGCGAGAUCGAGUGGAACUUUGUAAAGUUUUUGGUGGAUUGUAGGGGCCACAUCUACGGUCGCUACGGGUCCACAGCAGAGCCAUCUGUGCUGGCCACUGACAUUGAGCUGCUGCUCGGUAAAGGCUGCUCCCAAUAAAUAACGCACUCUUUCACAAAAA